UAAAAGGAAUGGAUAUAAGAAAAGAGAUGGAAUUUCAUUGCCGCAGCAUCAGAUGGAAGAAUUCCCUCUGCCAGCAGCACACACCUCCCGGCCUCACUCCCACACCUUCGUGCACACUGUCCUCACCUCAGACAAGGGGAGAGACCUCAUCAUUCAGAAAUUUCACGGUUUGGGCAGAGAGAAAUAACAGCAUAGAACCAGAGCACAGAAGAUGCAGAAAACAUGAGUUUCUUCUCUUUUUUUCCUUUACUCAUUUUUUUUUUUGGUUUUGUUUUAGCUUGAGUUUUAACUUGUCCUUUGUGUUUUUUCUUCAGCCAAACACCCACGGAGGUAACCACAAGCAUGAAGCCAGAGGAAACCAACACAAUACAGCCAGCAAUCAUCAAAGCAAAGAGAACAAGAAACCUAAAAUAAAGAGGGUGCAUCCAAUGUAAGAUGGAGCUUCAACAUUUUUCCCACUCAGACCAUCCUUUGGUCUUUAAUAAAGACGAGAGAAUGGGACUUCCUUGUUAUGGGUGUCGGGAACCAAUAUUCGGUCCUAGCUACAGUUGUAUGAAAUGCAAUGAAUUGAAGUUUUACCAUCAUAAAUUAUGUGCAGAACUACCCCUUGGGUUGCACCAUCCCUUGCAUCCAGCUCAUCCUCUUAUUCUCAUUGAUGAAUCGACAGGCUAUCUCCAGAAAGAAAAUAGCAAAUGCAUUGUUUGCAAAGAAUUUUGUUGGGAAUAUAGUUAUUGUUGUUAUCGUUGUGACUUUAACAUUCACAUAAAAUGUGGUGUUUUAGAACUUGAAGCCGAAUUCCAUGACCAUCCAUUAACUCCCAUUUGCAAAUUGAUCACGUUCACUUGUGACCUUUGUGGCAAAGAAGACAAAGGUGUGCCUAAUCUAUGUUCCUCGUGUGGCUUCUGGAUUCAUAACAAAUGUGCUCAUUUCCCAGAAAAAAUCAAAGUUGCACGUCACAGACACCUCCUCCACCUCACCCAUUCUUCUCUUGAACUCCAUGAAUCCGACUCUCGAUUUUGUCAACUUUGUGUUCAAAAAGUGGAAACACGCUUUGGACUUUACUAUUGCUCUAGAUGUGAUUUUGUUGCCCACCUUGAUUGUGCUAUGGUCAAGGAAAAUAGGGAGGACACAGAUUUACAAGAACUUAAAGAUGAGGGUCUAGAGCACGAUGAAAUCAUUGGAACUUUUGAAGUUAAAAAAAUCAAUGUUGGGGAGGAUGGAACUCAACAAUUCAUAGAAAUUGCUCAUUUUAGUCAUAAUCAUGACUUAAAGUUUACUCAUGAGGUUCUAAGUAAUGAAAAAUGUGAUGGGUGUGUACAAGCCAUUCUCUCUCCGUUUUAUAGUUGUGUAAAUUGUAGCUUCUUUCUUCAUGAAUCUUGUGCUAAAUUGCCCAAAAGAAAGCGACACCCACUUCAUCGACACUCACUCACUCUUUUCCCAACGGAACCAGGUGACUUUUUUUUUAUGCAAUGCAUGUCUUCAAAGAUGCAAUGGCUUCGUCUAUCGGUGUGAGAAAUGCCAUUUUGAUCUUGAUGUUCAAUGUAGUUUGAUCUUAGACAUUCUUACCCACCAUGGUCAUGAGCAUCGUCUUCUUCUUGCCUCUGGCAAUAAAUCUCUUCAGAGUUGUAGUUGUUGUGAUUCUAAAACUUUAUCAAUAUUCCGUUGUACCACUUGUGAAUUUGCUUUGGACUUCAAAUGUGCUA